AUGGCACGACAACCUGACAUGUCCCUGCAGUGGGAUAGUCAAUAUCUCAUGGCCAAUGGUACUGUCUUGUAUGACGAUCUCCACCAGCUUUUGCUCAUGUUUGGGGGUCAUUCAGGCCCCAGAUCGGAAAUGGAAGAGGAUAGGGAGAAGCUCUUGUACUACCUGAUUGGGAUUGGUGGAAGCAUUGUUUGCUGUCUUGGGACCAUCGCUAACGCUGUGUCUAUAGCUGUACUAACGAGGCGCUCAAUGCGGUCUAGUACGUACACCUACUUAGCAGCGCUGGCCGCCUGUGACUCCCUGGUGCUGUUUCUAACCCUGCUAAUUAUCAUAAACGAUACACAACAUCCAGACAGCCCGAAACAAACCGAUCAGUUCCACGCUAUCUUGUUCCCUUUCGUCCACCCUACUGCUGUGGUGUUCCAAGUCACGUCCAUCUGGUUGACCCUGGCGUUCACAGUUGACCGUUACAUCAUGAUCUGCCACCCGUUCAAGGCCGAACGGAUGUGCAGGCGUAGCCGAGCCAGGAGGGUCAUCAUCAGUAUAUACAUCAUGGGUGUAGCUUUUAACAUUCCGCGCUUCCUGGAGUACAGAACCAUCAUUGAUACCUUACCCGUGACACCCAACUCCAGCCAGGUGAUCACCGUCUACGGAAUACAUACCACCCCUUUAGGCAACAGUGUGUUGUUUCGCGAGCUGAUACAUUCCUGGUUGUAUCUUCUGUUCAUUUGUGGCAUCCCCUUUCUUACGCUGGUCAUUCUCAACGCAUUUCUCAUACGGGCGGUUCAUCUGUCUAGACUCAAAGGAAAAGAGAUCAAUCCUCGAGAAAAGCACAGAAAUGACACUACCAUCAUGCUUAUCGGCGUCAUCGUUAUCUUCCUCUUUUGCCAGGGACCUGCACUUGUAUCUCGAAUGAUUUAUGCCUUCCAGCCGGCUUCCGAGUCGACCACAGCAGGGUUUACCCUCAACGAGGUGGGCAACUUCCUUGUUCUGUUGAACUCAGCUAUUAACAUCGUGCCCUAUUACCUCUUUGGCCGUAAGUUCCGACUUGAGUUUCUGAGAAUAUUCUGUUCUUGCACGUUAGAUAAGGAUGACGCGAGGAGAAUGUCUCGGAAUUACAGCGUUUCAUUUGACCAUCGUCGCCUCAGCCAGUACAACGCUAUCGAAAUGAAUGGCGUGGCACAGAACAACUGCAACUAUCAAAACACCGUUGUCUCUGUAGAGACGAUUAACACAUCCCAACCACACGUCGACACAUUUCCAGACCAGAAACGCCAGGAGACAUUCAAUGGCAAGACAUACUCCAUCGCCCACCGCGACUCCGCGGACACUGUUGUCGCACCCUUGAUACACCAAACAUGCUCCAUAUUUUCUAAUAGACUUGCCAAUGCAGGAGCCAGUAGAGAAUCCUUGAGAAACAUCAGCUCCCAUAGCCUUUCAUCCCCAGACACCUGCUGCCCUCAGACCGCACCUUUAAAACCAGGCGGUCACGUGCAUUAUGUGACAGCGGGCUCGUGUUUAGGAGAUGGAGACGUGUCUGCUGUGUGA